AGCAUGGGGCACCUUGGAGGGUUAUUUCUUCUCAUCGCGCCGCUCAUCUGCCAUCAUAUUUGUGGGGUGGCAGCUCACUCUUUGCCCACCUGCCAUCAGGAGCAGGAGUUCAGAUGCAGCGAUGGUGUGUGCAUCUCGAGGUCAGAGGAGUGUGACGGCCACGUGGACUGUGAGGACGGUUCAGAUGAACAGCACUGUAGCCACUUGUGGUGCAACAAAUAUGAAUUUAUCUGCCAUGGAAGACGGUGCAUAUCGACACAGCUAUUAUGUGAUGGUGUUGAUGACUGCGCUGAUGGAAGCGAUGAGGAUUCUUGCUACAACUGCACAGCUGGUUUCUUCUCCUGCGGCCUGGCGGACAUCUGCCUGCCUAAAAACAAGGUCUGCGAUGGACGGACUGAUUGCAGAGACAAACGGGAUGAGUCCCGAGAGCUGUGUGGCUCAGCCCCACCCAUCCCUCAGACCUCCAUCGCAUGUGGCCUGUCAGAGUUUCAGUGUGGAGACGGGGAGUGCAUACGGCACACAUCGAGGUGCGAUCACUCGCCAGACUGCUCUGAUGGCAGUGAUGAGGAGAAUUGUGAUCAGAAUGAAUGCCAGAUCAAUAAUGGUGGCUGUUCCCAUAAUUGUGUGGACCUGCCGAUGGGUUUUUUCUGCCAUUGCCCCGACAACAUGAAGCUGGUGGGGGACAGUCAGUGUGAGGAGGUGGACGUGUGUUUGGAGAGCGACAUAUGUGAUCAACUGUGUGUUCACAUAAAUGGGAGCCUCGGCUGUGACUGCUACGAGGAAUACCAGAUGAAUCUAACUACUGGGCAGUGCAAGGCCAAAGGUGAUGACGCUCAGUUGGUUUUCAGUACGUCUAGAGGAGUGUAUUUGAAGAGCUUGACAAGCAGUGAACAUAAGACCCUGGCUCCAAAUUUACCAGGGCUUGGUCCCGUGGCCGUCUUGGUCUCCAACCGUACUCUCUACUGGGCUCAUCAAGGACGAGGCUCCAUAUACAGGAUCUCACUCGAUGAGAAGCCACAGGUACCUGUGCUGGUAUUGAAUGCUCACGGUUCUGUAUCAAGCCUGGCCGUGGACUGGAUCCACCAACUUUUGUACUGGUCCAGUGUGGAGAGGGGCUCGGUUAACGUGGCACUGCUGGAUGGUUCGUCUCAGUAUCAACUCAUCAUAGGACUCGACAAACCCUCUGCUGUGGCGGUGGAUCCUCUCCUAGGGUUCAUCUUCUGGGCUCAGUGCGGCAGCUCCCCAAACAUCGAAAGGGCCAGUUUAGACGGCCAACAAAGAGUGGCUCUCGUCACGUCCUCGAUAAACCAGCCUGUCGCUCUGUCUCUGGAUAUGCCACGCCAGCUGCUGUACUGGUUUGACCAAGGAACAAGGAGCAUCUCCAGAAUAAAUUUGGAUGGUCGGCACCGUAAAACAGUGGUAGAGUCCAACGGUUUUCUGGACCGGUUGUUUGGACUCGCUGUGUUUGAGGGAUUUUUAUAUUGGGGAGAAGAAGUAACGCGCUCAAUUUGCAGAGCGAGCAAGCACAAUGGUAUAAACCUUGAGAUACUGGCCUCUCACGUCAACUCGCCUGGAGGUGUGGCCAUCAUGCAGCCUGCACUUCAACCAAGAGGGCCAUCUGCAUGUGGACGUCCUGGCGUCGUGUGCCAACAUGAGUGUGUCGUCCAGCUGCUGCCUCAUAGUCUGCAGUUCAGCUGUUUCUCUCCAGAAAUGAGAGAUAGCAACAAAUCUUCAACACCUGCCAUCUCCCGCACAGUUCCUCAAUCAACUUUAUCCGAUCCAAUGUUUGCAGGAAUCCUGUCUCUGAUCGUGUUGCUCAGUGUGUUACUGGCGGGAAUGGCUCUGUGGUGGUGGAGAGGAGAGUUCAGGCCUUCCAGGUCUCUCACUGCUCAGAGCUUCUGCCUUAAAGAGUCCCAAGAUCCACUCCUCACUCAGGAGCUACCAAUGGGUUCAAACACAUUUGUCAAGGAGGCCCUGCUCAAAGUGGACUUGGAUAGUGAAUAAAGAUGUGAGACUCAUGGUUGGCUGACGAAGUCUCUCCUGCCGCUGUUGCAACACUGCAGUGACCUCAGAGCCAACACACCCAACUCAUUACACGGCCAGGACCCGCUCCCUCAGGAUGUUGACAUCACUGAAGCGAAGACACAAAUACUGGCGUUCUGGGUGGGGAGGAGGUCUGCUGUCAUUGUUGACGUACGAUGUUCCCACUGAGCUCUACGCAGUUUCUUCAGUCUGAAAGAUGUGGGAUGCAAUGAACUGCUUCUUUGAAGUAUUAGUCAAAUCAAUAAAUGCCUUAUUGUUUUUUUUUUUUUUUCUGUUUUUUGCUAUCAAAUGAUUCAUUUGGUCAAGUUUUUGUGUUGGUCUUUUUGAUAAGUGGAAAUGUCAUCUGUUAUAGUUGGUUAAAACAGUUCAUCAUUUAACUGGUUAACAAAGUGAAAACCAUUUUUCUGUUUUUCGGCCUGUAAAAUAUUUUUUGUCUUCUUACUGGCCCUUCCGUGCCCUUAUUUUCUUUUACUAUUCUGCACUUCCCUGCACUUUGACAGUAUUAUUGGGUAGAUGGGUUUCUCUCUGGAUCACGGGAAUCUUCCUCUGGUUUGGUCUUGGUCUCACAUUUUUCAUGUGAAUGUACAUAAUGUUGCUUUUUGCACAAUGAAUACUUGAGGUCGGAACAAUGUUAGGGUAUGCAUUGUGGCAAAAAACUAAACUCAUUUUGAAUUAAACUUAAAACCCAUUACAUGGGAAGACAACUUGAAUCUUUUGAUGUUUUCAGUAGGACAAACUUUAAUCUUAUGACUGAAAGGUUUUUCCAAGCCAUGGUGCAGGAUAGCUUGGUUACCUUUUUUGCACUUGAUCAUCUACAUCUGCUGUAUUGUUUAAUGGCACAUUGAUUAUACUGGAUAAUAACUAGUGAGUUGACAAAUUGGUCUUCAAUGUCUAGGAUUC